GUUGCAUCUCACAUCAGCUGAGCUGAACAACAAAGCGAAGAAGAACAUCUAGAAGCAAGACUGUUUUGUUGAGAGACGGACGCGCGCGCGCGCGUUUUUUAACUUUAUCUUGUUUACUUAUUUUUACUGAGAAAUAAUACCAUUAGUAUGCAUUUAGCUUGUCCUAUUUGUUCGGAUUUAUUUGUACCUUCGGCCGAAGUAGACAUAACACCAUGUGGCCACAUGUUUCACCACCUGUGCCUGCUGCAAUGGCUGGAACGCUCCAAAACCUGCCCCCAAUGCCGCAAUCGUUGCACCGAAGCAAGGCUGGUCAAAGUGUACUUCAACGUGACGACGAGCCUCGACACCACCGAGGACAAUGCUGCACUGUUCGAAAAGUUGGACAAUCUUACGCUGAAGGUGCGCGAGCAGCAAAAACAGCUGAAAACGUUUGAGGAAAAAGUGACGGAACAUAAGGGGGAGCAGAAAAAGAUGAGGAAAACAUUGCUGGGCCUGGAGGAGGAGUUGCGCACCAAGAACACGGCCCUGUUUGCGCUCAAGCACGAGACGGAUAUGUUGAGGGGCGAUCGGAAAAUGCUGGGCAAGGUGCAGGAAGAGCUGGAGAGCGUGAAAACGAAGCUACAAUCGUACGCGGUGGUAAAGCAAGCGAUAGAAGCGACCGCACAAGAGGUGGAACAGAUGCUGACAAGCGAUAUGAGCCGCCAGGCGGUGAUCGCACUGGCCACUGCACUGAAACGUGAGCUACAGGCGCAAGAGAUCAAGCGAAAGGAGCAAUCCGACCGGCUGAAGCGUCUGCAGAACGAGCUUGUCGAGGAGCGGAGAAAGCGAAAAACGCUCGAAGACAACCUGUCCACGUGCGAUAGUGAAAUCUACCGGCUGGAGCAACUGCUGAAGCAGAAGGCAAAGGAAGCGUCCACCAACACGUCGACCGAGGAGAGCAUCGGUUCUCCGGACGGUUGCGUACCGAACACGCCAGAUCAGCGGCCAACCGUCGGCCGGAAGCGUCCAAUGCAGGAUCUCAACAGUAGCACGCCCUUGUCGGAGAAGGUGCGGAAAAUAGUCAACUCUAACUCACCGUACCUACGGGUCAAGACGAGCAGCAUCGGGCUGGCGCCACUCAUGCGCGGAGGCUUAAGUGCAAACCCCCAGUCCGCGGCCAGUGUCGCUGCGGAGCCGAAGCCAAAGCCGGGCGUAAGUCUGUCCUCCAAAUAUUCCAUCUUUUCCAAUCCCAGGCUAACGGCAACGGUGUCCGGGUUUACCACGAAACCCACCGUCUCCCGGCCUGUACAUAACGAAAACCACAGCGAAAGGAAGGAGCAUGAAGAGGCUGAAAGCACAGAACCGCUGGCAGGACCACGCUACAAGCUGACUUCCGCCACCGUUACUGCCCGGCUGAAGUCGGGCAAGCUUACCAGACAUCCUUCCACGGUGAGCAGCAGCGUCAAGACGGGUGAUUUAAACGCAAUAUUCGAUCUAGAUGUAGAUGAUAUCAUUGAGUGAGAGGAGCAGCUGAUACUCUACCAGCCUCUAUCGCCGGGCGGGUUUUGCUGCGAGUCAUUUGUAAUAAACUAUUUGUUAUACUUUUAA